GCGCGCGGGAAGCGCAGGCCGGGCUGCGGGGCCGCCUCGGCGCUGCGCAAUGGCCGUCCCGCUACCCGGCUACUCGCCCAGCUUCAAGAGGCCGCCCGAGAUCGUGCGGCUCCGCCGGAAAAGGUCUCGGAGCCACGGCGCCGCCGCGCCCUCCGCGCUGCCAGAGCCCACGCCCCGCCGCGCCGCGCUGGCGGCCGGGCUGCCCCUGCGCCCCUUCCCGACCGCGGGCGGCAGAGGCGGCGCCGCCGCGGCCGUCCCCCGCAGAAACCCUUUCGCCCGCCUGGACAACCGGCCGCGGGUCGCCGACGAGGCCCGCGAGGAGCCGUCCCGUGGUCCGCAGGGAGCUCCGGACUCGCACACUGAAGUGAAACAAACGUUGGUGGUCUCUGGAUUUAGCCCCCACUCUCCUGAGAGACUGCUCUGCCAGCUUUUAGAUUCUAAUGGAGAAAAUAAUUUGCUGUGGAAGGAAGCGUCUCAUGAAAGAACCGUCACCGAACUGUCCCAGAGCCAGCAUGUACCAUUCUCUGAAUCAGAUCCGACUUCUUCAGAAGGUACUGAGUUGCCUGCAGACUGGAGCAUUAAAACCCGGCUCCUUUUCACCUCCUCUCGACCCUUUUCCUGGGCAGAGCAUUUGAAGGCACAGGAAGAAGCCCAAGGCCUUCUCCAGCAUUGUAGGGCAGCAGAAGUUACUUUACCCCAGAGUAUACAGGAUCCCAGACUCUGCACUGAGUUGCGUUGUGCCUUCCAGCAGACUCUUGUCUACUGGCUUCACCCUGCCUUUUCAUGGCUGCCACUGUUUCCUCGAAUUGGAGCUGAUAGGAAAAUGGCGGGAAAGUCAAGCCCAUGGUCACACGAUGAGACUCUGCAGCAUACGUUAAUGAGUGACUGGUCUGUGAGUUUUACUUCCUUGUAUAACCUGUUGAAGACCAAGCUUUGCCCCUUUUUCUACGUUUGUACCUAUCAGUUUACCGUCCUGUUCCGGGCAGCAGGAUUAGCAGGAAGUGACGUGGUCACAGCGCUCAUAUCUCCUACAACUAGAGGUUUAAGAGAAGCUAUGAAAAAUGAAGGUAUUGAAUUUUGUCUGCCUUUGCUAGAAGCAAGUGGCUAUAAGAAGAAAGUACGAGAAGCAAACCUGGAGUACGAUGAGGAGCAAGCGGCCAGCGAUGAAGAUGAAGAGGAGAGCUUGUCUUGGCUGGAAGAGAUAGGUGUGCAAGAUCAAAUUAAAAAGCCAGACACAAUAUCUAUCAAGCUACUGAGGGAAAAACAUGAAGUACAAGUGGAUCACAGGCCCGAGUCUGCCGUGCUGGUGAAAGGGCCCAACGCUUUCACUUUGCUCAAUUUUUUGAUCAACUGCAAGAGCUUAGUUGCCACCUCGGGUGCCCAGGCAGGCCUCCCUCCGACCCUUUUAUCCCCGGUAGCCUUUCGAGGUGCCUCAAUGCAAAUGCUGAAGGCACGAAGCAUUAAUGUCAAGACACACGCUCUUUCUGGAUACAGAGAUCAGUUUAGUUUAGAGAUCACGGGUCCCAUCAUGCCUCAUGCUCUGCAUUCUGUGACCAUGCUACUCCGAUCUUCACAGAGAGGGUCAUUCUCUGCUGGGAUGUAUGCACAUGAGCCUACUGCUGUAUUCAAUGUCCGCCUGCCACUGGAUGAAGACCUGCAUAGAAAAGUUGAUCAUAAGGACCUUGCUAAUUGUGGGCUGCACUCCAAAACCCUGGAACAGCUCAGUCAAAUACCAUUGCUGGGGAAGUCAUCCUUACGGAAUGUGGAAAUGAGUGACUACAUCUAUAAUUGGAGAUCCUGAACACCAAAAUUCACACAAGUAUCGUGAAAGUUCUGUAGUCACUCCUUACUGAGGAUGCUGCUGGCUGGUUUCUGGGAAGGAAGACGAUGCUAUGGCAGAGGGGACACCAUCUGAUGAGUUGUUUUCCAUAACAUGGAUUGACGCAGUUUUGUCCGUGUCAUGUCAGCACACUCACGUGCAAGACAGUUGUGGCAUCAGGGGUGACAACAAGGAUAUUUAGCCCUUGUGAAGAUAAAUUCUGUCAUCUUUGCUAAAAUGUUUUAUGGUCAAGACUGAAGAUCCCUAAACUUCAGUUAUAUUUAUUAAAAUUAAAACAAAAAAGGAGGAUUUUAAAAAUACUACCUCACCGUUUACAAAAAAAAAAAAAAAAAAAUUUGCAUUACUCUUAAUAAAAAAAAUCUCAUUUGAAGCCUCACUGAAACCAGAAGGGUCAGUGCUCCUCUGAUAGAACAUCAACUCUACAAAUAUAGUACACUUAGAUGGUAGUAAGUAACAAGCUGAGUAGUGUUAUCAAUUGUCAGCUUUCCUUAGGCGUCUUUAACACUGCUUCAGAAAUGCAUAUAUGACAGCAAAACCAUCAUGUCUUUUCCUAGUUUGGAAUUCUUUUCAUCAGUCUACACUCUGCAUCUAUCUCCCCAGGAAACAUUACGCUUUAUUCAUCUGACCCACUGGUCGGGCGUUUCUUUUGGUCCAGUGUUUCCGUCUUCUCUCAACACUGCCCCCUUAAUUAGAAUCUAACCUCUGGCAGGAGAAGAGGCUACAGCAUCACUUCCAAUGUUGAGACUGAAAAUGGCAGUCAUAAAUUUUAAAUAAUAAACUUUCUUGUUCAAAAAAUAUAAUCAACAUGCACUAAGCAUUUUCCCCAUGAUUCAGCAGAAGCUAAAAAUUAUAAUCCUUUUCUCAAGAAAAUGUCAGAAUUCUACAAUAUUUCUAAGUCUUUGCUACAUAGGAGAUUCUCUCUGGCUAUAGUCUUCCCAGCUGUUUAAAUGAUAAUCUGUAAUAAACUACUGAAAACAUAUAUAUUGGGACAUCUAAUUCUGUACAGCCCUCACCUGGUUUAUAUCCGACUACUACAAGAAGAUUAAGUUAGCUACAAAUGUCCGUUAGCUCUCACUCCUGAGAUGUGGAAGUAGCCUGAUUUGGGGAUUAGUAGAGGAGCACUAAACUUGUUCCAAACUAGAUACCCUUUUCCUCUCUGGUGAUGGUUUGAUUUGCUUCAGUUGUUGAACUCCAUGUGAAUACAGACCAUCACCUUUAACUGUAAAUAGGUUAGCUGCACUGGCCAGUUACGUUCAUCAGCAUUACUAUAUAGAACUGUUCCCAUUCAAAAUGCCGCAGG